UUUUUUUUUUUUUUCUGUACGUUUGAUCUUAGGCGAAAGAACUUCUUCUCGACCAUUACAAACGUAUUAGGUGGUCCGAAAUAUGACGGGAAGUACCUCAAGUCAUUGAUCCAAGGAUUAUUAGGCAAUCUCACUCUGAACAGGACUUUAACAAAUGUGGUGAUCCCAGCUUUUGAUAUCAAGCGCCUUCAACCAAUUAUUUUCAAUUCGAAAGAAGCAAAAGCAGAUGUUUCCAAGAAUGCUCAGCUAUCAGAUGUCUGUCUAGGCACGUCUGCAGCUCCAACUUAUUUCCCUCCACACUAUUUUGAAACUACCGAUGCACAAGGAAAUAUAAAAACUCAUGAUCUUGUUGAUGGAGGGGUUGCUGCAAAUAAUCCAACUCUAGUAGCCAUAACCCACAUUUCCAGAGAAAUUUUGUUGGGGAGUUUUGAACUGGUGGACAUGGAACCAAUGAACACAAGCAGGAUGCUGGUUCUGUCGUUAGGCUCCGGUAUAGCCAAACUGGAAGAGAAGUACAACGUAAAGAACGCCACCGAUUGGGGCUUGCUUGGUUGGAUGUACAAUGAUGGCGUGACACCGCUGUUGGACAUCUUUGGUGAUGCAAGCUCUGAUAUGGUCGAUAUUCAUGUUUCAACCCUUUUCCAAUCCCUUCGCAAUGAAAAAAAUUAUCUUCGAAUUCAGGAGGAUACAUUGUCUGGGGAUGCUUCAUCUCUUGAUAUUGCUACCACAAAGAAUAUGCAAACGCUUAUUCAAAUUGGAGAUAGUUUGUUGAAGAAGUCGGUUUCAAGAGUGAAUUUAGAAACGGGCAGGCCAGUGCCAGUUCAAGGAGAGGGUACCAAUGAAGAAGCUCUUACUCGGUUUGCAAAGAUACUUUCAGAUGAAAGAAAGCUACGACAACUCAACUAGAAGAUUGACACUAGGAAUUUACAUUAUUUCAUCUUAAAGAUUAUUUUUGCCCUAUAUUUACUUUUUACUGAAUAGAUAAAUGUAUAUGUAUAAUUAAAUAAACACAUCGGGCCCAUAUUGGGUAUGGGUGGAUUGCAGAAUAAUGUUGUCAUUUCAUUCUUCAAGUAAAAGUUGGGGAAAUGUCGUGUAACCAAAUUUUCCUUCAUUGGAUUGUAAUUCAAUUCAAGGUUUCCAACUAUUCA